AUGGAGAACAUGAUGCAGGGCAAUAAGAUCAGACGAGUUGCAGCUACUCGCAUGAAUGAGAGGUCAUCUCGAUCACACACGAUUUUCCGGAUUAUUCUGGAGUCGAAAGAUGCCAAUCAGAAAGAUGGACCUGUACAUAUAAGCUACCUUAACUUAAUGGACUUAGCUGGUUCUGAGAGAGUUUCUCUGACGAAAGCUGCUGGUGAGCGUCUUAAAGAGGGGGCUAACAUAAACAAAUCUUUGUCAGUAUUAGGAAAUGUGAUAAGGCAACUAAGCGAGGGGAAGGAGUUUAUCAGUUAUCGCGAUUCGAAAUUGACUAGACUGCUCUCACAGGCUCUUGGCGGUAAUGCCAAAUCAUUGAUUAUCGGGAAUAUCAGACCAAUGAUCCACCGCGAAGUAGCCGAUGGUCUAGAGCGUCUUUGGAACGUAAGAGUAAACUGCAUAUGGGAAGCCGAUGAAAGUAGUCGCCAUGGAGAGGUUUAUAUAUUCGACCAUGUAUUUAAGCAGGAAUGUACAAAUUCAGAUGUAUAUGGAUCUGUAGUAAAACCUUUAGUCGAUUCCUUCAUGGAAGGUUUCAAUGCCACAAUAUUUGCAUAUGGCCAAACAUCUUCUGGCAAAACACACACCAUUUUGGGCAAUAAAACAGAUCCUGGGCUUUUCCAAUUAGUAUCCAAUCAGUUAUUCCAGCAUGUGGCAGACCAGGUUGAUAAGAGGUACUUGAUUAGAUGCAGUUAUAUUGAAAUCUACAAUGAAAAGAUCAAUGACCUCCUGGAUAAGAGCAAUCAGGGUUUAACUAUAAGAGAAGAUAUCAAAGGAAAUGUGCUGCUUGAUGCAAGGGAAGCUGUCGUAGACAAUGUUGAUAAAGUUAUGGAGAACAUGAUGCAGGGCAAUAAGAUCAGACGAGUUGCAGCUACUCGCAUGAAUGAGAGGUCAUCUCGAUCACACACGAUUUUCCGGAUUAUUCUGGAGUCGAAAGAUGCCAAUCAGAAAGAUGGACCUGUACAUAUAAGCUACCUUAACUUAAUGGACUUAGCUGGUUCUGAGAGAGUUUCUCUGACGAAAGCUGCUGGUGAGCGUCUUAAAGAGGGGGCUAACAUAAACAAAUCUUUGUCAGUAUUAGGAAAUGUGAUAAGGCAACUAAGCGAGGGGAAGGAUUCGUUAUUCUCUUGGCGGUAA